AUGUCGCUGGCGUUAGAAGAGAUCCAUCAUCACUCAGCCAAUAAGAAUAAGAACGACGACGCCUAUCAGUCAAUAAUGGUUAAUGACAUGUGUUCACUGAUGAUCAUUGAGAUGCGACGUGGCUUUGAAGCCUUUGAGGCCGAAUGCACCACCUCCACCGGAAAUACCGGAAUAUCUGUGGCCAAGACGACAGUGGACAAAUUGCUGAAGGGGUAUGACAUCCGCCUUCGGCCAGACUUCGGAGGUCCUCCAGUCAUUGUGGGAAUGAGUAUAAAUAUUGCCAGUAUUGACUCCAUUUCAGAAGUCAACAUGGACUAUACCAUCACCAUGUAUUUCCAACAAAGCUGGAGGGACAAACGGUUGGCCUAUUCUGAGAUGGCUUUGAACCUCACUUUGGACAACCGUGUGGCUGAUCAGUUAUGGCUCCCAGAUACCUACUUCCUGAAUGACAAGAAGUCUUUCCUGCACGGUGUGACGGUGAAGAACCGAAUGAUUCGGCUCCAUCCAGAUGGCACUGUUCUUUACGGACUGAGAAUAACCACUACAGCAGCCUGCAUGAUGGACCUGAGACGGUACCCCCUCGAUGAACAGAACUGCACCCUGGAGAUUGAGAGUUAUGGGUACACCACAGAUGAUAUCGUAUUCUUCUGGCAAGGAGGGGACAAUGCCGUGACAGGUGUGGACAAACUGGAAUUGCCUCAGUUUUCCAUUGUGGAGCUACGUCUUGUGUCCAGAGAAGUGAGGUUUACUACAGGUUCAUACCCUCGGCUGUCAUUGAGUUUCCGCAUCAAGAGAAACAUAGGCUACUUUAUCCUGCAAACUUACAUGCCCUCCAUCCUGAUCACAAUCUUGUCCUGGGUCUCCUUCUGGAUUAACUACGAUGCCUCUGCUGCUCGUGUGGCCCUGGGUGUAACUACGGUGCUCACUAUGACAACCAUCAACACCCACCUGAGGGAGACCCUCCCAAAGAUCCCCUAUGUGAAAGCCAUCGAUGUCUACCUCAUGGGCUGCUUCGUCUUUGUUUUCCUGGCCCUGCUCGAAUAUGCCUUCGUAAACUAUGUGUUCUUUGGAAGGGGACCCCAGCAGCAGAAAAAGAUCAACGAAAGGCUAAACAAAGCCAACAACGAGCGUCCCCGCUAUGAGGAGAAGCGUCUGAGGGAACAGGACUCCAUUUCAGCGCCGUUUCAAAGCAACACCCUCAGGUCAUAUACACAACGAAGAAAUCUAUAUCUCGAGGAGCAAAGAAAAGUCGGGGUGGACGCUUACGGAAACAUUCUUCUCACCACUUUGGAGAUGAACAAUGAGGUGAUACCGUCCGACAUUGGCAGCAGCGUCAGUGACUCACGGAACUCCGUCAUGUCCUUUGACAGCUCCGGAGUGCAGUUCCGCAAGCCCAUGGCUUCACGGGACGGGUUCAGCCACCACUCGUUGGACCGCAGCGGCAUGCGCAGUCGUGCCAACUGCCGGCUAAGAAGGCGCUCGUCCAAGCUGAAGCUCAAAAUCCCCAACUUGGCGGAUGUUAGCACCAUUGACAAGUGGUCCCGGGUCAUUUUUCCUAUCACUUUUGGAUUCUUCAACCUUAUCUAUUGGUUGUAUUACGUGAAUUGAUAUGCGUUCCCCAAGGAAACAUGGGCCAUAUUUUGAGAGCACAUUGAAUUGGCUUUGAUACAAUUGGAAAAUAUGUGUACACAUAUAUGAAAAGUU